AUGAAACACUUGCAUGUGAUUACAGAAAGUUUCAAUCGGUUUUGUUCGGUGCUUGGGUUCCCGUUUGCUUGCUGAAGGUGUCGACCAGUUCGCAAUACGAGCGGGGUACAAAUUCCGGCCGAUAGUGGGCUGCUUGGUGUGUUGUCGUUCGCGCAAAUCGGAGCUACAUUUUCGGAUGGUUCGACGAUGGAUGACGUGUAGAGUUGAAGUACCGAAGUGAUUAGUGAUUGAUUGUUUCACCAAGUACAAAUACCCUACAAUCCGAGGCACGACGUUUCUACUGCCACCAAGACACCUUCGGCCAAAUUCAAGCAGCGCCAACAUCUUAGCAAAGGAAAAGUGAAAUUCGAUGUCCAACGGUCCCUUGCUUGCACUUUACCGUGGUUCCAGGAGCUCAUAGAAGCGCGAAAUCGCAGUAGGCGAUCGUGGUAGUGGUUGUGAAGUUGUCACACGGUUGCCUUCACUGUCGCCGAUCUUCAUCAGGUUGGAACGAGGACUGGUUUUCCAUUUUCGGGUUUGCUUUCUUCCAUGGAACCAUUGGGUUGGUGGAGUUAAAUAUCAGUGUCAAAUCACUUUGCUACACUGUUUUACCAGUGUGCACAAAUCUCCCUGUGAUACCAGCUGUAGUGAUACGAAGGCCGCUGUGCUACAAUGACGAACACGAAACCCACGGCCACCUGUCGCCUGAAGCAGGAUUAUAUGCGUUUAAAGAGGGAUCCCGUACCGUAUAUCACAGCGGAACCACUGCCCUCGAACAUCCUCGAGUGGCACUAUGUGAUCAAGGGACCGGAAGAUUCACCAUACUACGGUGGUUACUAUCACGGGACGCUGCUGUUUACGAAAGAGUUCCCCUUUAAGCCCCCGUCAAUCUAUAUGACCACACCGAACGGUCGCUUCAAGACGAACAAGCGGCUUUGCCUCAGCAUAUCGGACUUCCAUCCCGACACGUGGAACCCGGCUUGGUCCGUGGCCACCAUUUUGACCGGACUGUUGAGCUUCAUGCUCGAGACGACGCCGACGAUGGGGUCGUGCGAAACGACCACGUACGAAAAACGGCGCUACGCGCAACAGUCGCUAACAUUCAACAUGAAGGACGAAAUUUUCCAGGAACUGUUUCCGGAGGUGUGCGAAGAGAUUACCGAACGAUUGCAGCAGCUUGAGGAACAGCGAAAGCUAGCGGCCAGUUCUGUCGAAAGUGGUGCCAACGGUAUGGCAAACGGUGAAACAAGUGCCAAUGGUGAAACGCCCGAUGGUGGCCUUUUUGUGGCUGGACGCUCCGGUGUGGACGAUAGCAAUAUUUGGCACUCGCUCUACACCAACCUCAUCGUGCUGGUCGGCUUCGUAGUAUUUGCGUUUAUCGUGCAUUACGUCAUCAAGAGCAUAAACAUUUAAUAAACGGCCUGCCGGUGGAUAGGUGGUGGGGCAUGCACGAAGCGCAAUCCGCUAGUAGAUCCGUAGCAUAAGAGAAUAAUUAUCCUCCUGUACGCCCUCAUGCUUUAGUUACGCGCCAAAAGAGUUGUUUGGUGAUGAGACAGAAAAAGGAACAUUGUUAUACCAUUUGCCGAACGUCCUAUUCAAAAUUCAAACACCUUGCAAUACCAAAACUGAACGGCUGAUUGGAUGAGCGGGAAUAGUACACCAAAAACAAACGGACCGAGCUGGUUCCGCUCGAACUCGGGGGCCCGUAGCAUAACCAAUACACACGUGGCACGACAUCUGCAGAUGCUGAAACGACAAAGUUACAAUGUUAAGAAACCGGAAUCGGAAGCAAAAUAUGUAAUAUAUUAACGUAAUUUUAAUUGAAAGGCCCAUCCGCUGAACCGGAACGUACGCGAAUGUUUCACAGCAAAAGAUCGGAAAGAAGUGUGACGCCAUUAGCUUUCCGCUGCAUGGAAUUCACUUAUGUUGCAGCGAUCACGUUGCAUAGCAACGAAUCAGAAAUAGAUUAGCGGGCGUCGGCACGCAGUUUGUAGGUGUUUGUGUGUACCGUUCGCACGGUACGGCUUUAAGGAUUAAUAAAACGAACGAUUGAGUACAGAAGUACGUAUUUGAAGUACCCUAGUGGUGGACGGAUUUGGGCCAUGGACGCUGUACACUUAGUUCAACAGUA